UCUGGAGAAAUUGAUCCAACGGCUCUAAACUUCUCUCUUCCCUUUCCGCAUCCGCAUGUUUUACUUCUUCUGCGCAACUCCAACGGUCAAAUCCAAAACCCUCCGUUUUAAAGCCCUAGGAAAACUAGCCGUUACUAACCAAGAAGUUGUAGCAAAAGCCCUCUCUCUCUCUCUCUCUCUCCUUAAAUAUUUCGCCGACUUUCCAUUUCUGAUCCAUAUUUCGAAUCUCUGAAUUUUCUUUCCACUGUAUCUGAAUUUUCACUCAUUUUCUCCGUCCAAUUCCAUGGCGGUGCCUUCUAACAAGUCGUCUUCUCCGUCGAUGGUAGCCGGAAGAACGAGCCCUAAUUCUCGAAAUUCCGAAGUCGGCAACGCCGUCCGCCGGAGCUUCUCCGGCAACCCGUUCACGAGGCCGUCGAUCGUCGCCAAUCCGAGAAGCCUCAAUCCCGUCACUCCGGCUAAUAGUCCCUCGGAUUAUCCGCGAAGGAAUUCUGUAAGCAGAGAAAUUCUAUUUACUUCUCGUGAUAACGAGGAGAAAGAAAACGGGAAAGAUCAGAACCCGAAACCCAUCCGAGUUCGUUCACCGUCGGUCGGGAAAUCGUCGAAGCACUUCAUGUCUCCGACGAUCUCCGCCGCCUCCAAGAUUGCUGUUUCCCCGAAGAAAAAGAUUUUGGGUGAUCGCAACGAGUCAGUCCGGUCGUCUCUUUCAUUUUCCGGCACGAAAAGCUCUUCACUCAACUCGGUGAAUCCAAACCCAGAGGCAGCAGCAACAGCAGUUGAAUCUGAUACAAAUCCUGAAAUCGUUCCGAUUUCAAAUUCCUCCAUUGCAGCGCCAACUCCCAAAUCAUCAAAAACCGUGAGAUUCGCUGGUUUUGAGGUCAUUUCUGGUUCGUAUGAUGAUGCAGAAUCCACAUACAGGUACGAUACGAACACAGAGGUGGUGACAGUGGCAGUUGAAACCGAUUUAAAACCAGAAAUCGCUCCGAUUUCUAGUUCAAAAACUGUGAGAUUUUCUGAUGUUGAGGUAAUCUCUGAUUUGAAGAACAAUUUUGAGUCUGCGGAUAAGAAUAUUUUUACAGAAGAAUUGGAUUGUGUCAAUCUCGAUCCUAGUUUUAAAAUCAGUCCUGUUUCUUCUCCAAUGGUAGCACCUCUCGAUGCAGAUCCAUUAAUGCCUCCUUAUGAUCCCAAAACUAAUUAUUUAUCACCAAGGCCACAGUUCCUCCAUUACAGGCCCAACCGAAGAAUUGAGCGAGGCAACAGACUUGAGGAGUUCUUUUCCUCUGUCAAUGCUUCCGAGUCCGAAUUCGCCGAGGAAACUGAGUCUGAGAAUUCGCUGAAGGAAUCUGAUGAAUCUUCUUCCAAUGAAUCAGAGCAGGGAGAGGAAGAAGUGGAAGAAAAAGAUGAAGAAAGGAUUCAUGUUUCUGAACAGAAGGAARCUAUUGAAGUUAAGAAGUCAAGUGGGAUGUUCAAGAUAAGUUCUCUGCUUUUUAUCCUUUCAAUCACUUUCUUUUCGAUAUGUGCUGUGGUUCGUGAUCCAAAUAUCUCAGAAAGAUCAAGCUUAUUAAUGGUGGAGCAUCCAUCUGAAAUUUACGAGUUUGCGAAGAUGAAUUUCAAUGUGUUGGUUGGAAAACUUGAGGUUUGGCAUGCGGAUUCCAUAUCUUCUAUUUUUCAUGUGGUUUCCAACUUCAGAGGAGGAGCGCCAUCAUUGAUUUAUCUUAACCAAACCGAGUUCCUCUACAAGGAUGUGGAUGGGCAAUCUCUCGUAACUCAUCAGACUUUGUGGGAAAAAGAAAAUUUUUUGAAUGUAAUCGAAGAAGGCGCCACGAAGGAAAGAAGAAUUGAAUAUGCUGAGACGGAAGAUCAUGGCGUGGAGGAGGAAGAAGAAUCAUUGCAAGAGAUUGAAGCCAUUAAGGAGAUAGAAGCUACGAAUGAAGAAGAAGAAGAACAAUUGUUGCAGGAGAUUGAAAGCAAAACUAGUUAUCCAGAAGUUGGUGAAGAGAAUGACGAGAUUUCUGCAAAAUCAGCUUCUGAAAACAUCGAUGAAGAAGAUGCCCAAGAGAAAGAAACCGAAGAGAAUUAUGCAGUAUCAUCAGCUGAUUUUGAAAUUCUUGAUCAAAUUGAACCAUCUGCUUCUAAUAAAAUCGACGAAGACGACGUCCACGAGAACGAAAUUGAAGAGAAUUAUGAAGGAUCAUCAGCUGAUUUUGAAAUUCUUGAUCAAAUUGAGCUAUCUGCUUCUGAUGAAAUCGACGAAGACGACGUCCACGAGAACGAAAGGAAAGAGAAUCAUGAAGCAUCAUCGGCUGAUUUUGAAACCCUAGAUCAAGUCGGACCAGAAGCUGAAACAGGGGAAACAGAGGAAGAAAACAACGAUUCGCUACUGCAACAACAAAGCAACACAGCUCCAGUUUUUUCCCCUUUUGCUGAACCUCAAUCUGAUUUUCAGUCUUCAAAUGGCAGCAACAUCAAGAUUUUACAGGGAAUCUCAGGAGAUUUUACACAUAACAUGAUGUUCGCGUUGCUGCUAUCUCUAAUUAUACCUGCAGGAUUUAUUUAUGCAAAAAAAUCAGGCUCAAAACCAACCAUUGCGGCGGUGGAAGAGCAAAAGCAAUCAUUGAUGAAGGAGGAGGAGAAGACGAACCACAGUCCGGAGGAAGAAGAAGAAGCGGCAGAUGAUGAGCAUGAUGAUGAUAUGACUGGAGAAUCCUGCUCUUCUGAAACGAGCAGUUUCCAGUACAGCAGCAUGAGAGGAGCAGCCGGAGCAGUGAAAGAACCGAGUGAAGCUCAUAGCCAUAGCCAUGGGAGGAAGAAGAGGAAGAAUUCAAGAAGAGAAUCUCUGGCUUCUUCCUCGGAUGAAAUUUCCAUUUCUGCUUCUCCUUCUCCAUCUUAUGGGAGUUUCACUACCUACGAGAAAAUCAAGCAUCAUGGAAAUGGAGAAGAAGAGAUUAUGACUCCAGUUAGACGCUCUAAUAGAAUUAGAAAGCAACAUAAUAAUAGUUGAUUUAUGUCUGAAAUGUGCUGCUAUUCAAUUAGAAUUUAGAAUAUUUUUUGCGUACGUUUAAGUUUAGGUAGAUGAUCGGGGUAGAACUGGAAAGCAACACAAUUAUCGUUGCUUUCAUGUGCUUGGAAUGUGCAUAUAAUUUGAGUUGCUCAUUUUUCAUCUA